GCCCGCCCCGCCCCUUCGUCAGCUGGCAUUUGUCAACAGUGCCAGAGGGAGGCCAGAAGGAGGUCGUUUUCUGGCUUAUUUUCUGGAAUCGGUGCCUCCACUGACGCUUCUUCGGCCAAAAUGAUGAUGGAACAAGUGUUGGAGAAGAAGCUCAAUGUCACGAGACAGUUAGAAAAGGAAACAAGUCAAGUCGUCACACUAAAGGACAUCCUGUCACGUUCGGGACAAGUUGCUACCAAUGUGAGUGGAAUCCUUGACUCCUUUGAGCACCGGCUGGCACGCCUGGAGACAACCAUCCUCCCACUCUACCAACAGACAGGAAAUCUCCAAAGACGACAGAGAAACACUGAGAAAACCCUACAGGAGCUCGACUAUGUGAUCAGCUUCUACAACGUGGCGGGGCAGGUGGAAGGGACGGUGCGGGAGAGGCCAAGCAGCGUAGGUGUCCCGCAGUACCUAGAGGCCAUGAACCGCCUGGCUGAGGCUUGCCGCUACUUUGAGCAGAACAACCCACAGAGUGUUGAAAUUGAGAAUGUGACAACACUCUUUGAAGCCGGGACAGAUGCCCUCAGCAAGGAAUUCCGCGAUGAGCUCAAGAAGUACCAGAAGCCAGUGCCUCCCGUUGUAACGCUGGAGCUCCUGGAUGAGGAAGAACUAAGUGAAGACACCAUCAGCGGGGUGGAGCUCGUACCCCCAGGGGUGCGAGAGGACCUGAGGGCCAUUGCCACCUGGCUAGACAAGCACAGCAACACUGACAGGCUCACUGUCUACGCCAAGCUGCGCUCCAAUGCCCUGUCACAGAGUCUGCAGGCACUGCGCGACCAUCAGCGAGCAAGCAGCAUGGAGAGGGGAGGCACGCCAGGCUCCCUCAAUUCCCCCGGCCCCAUCCGGGCCAGGGUAGGCAAGAUCGACACCACUCCUAAGAGCCGCACACAGAAAAUUUCCAACAGGGCCAACCGCAUGCUCCACGAGGCCAUCAAAGGUCAACUCCGUUCGCGCAGACAAGGUUCUCCCGGACAUACCUCGUACCCCCUGCAUGGCACCCUCACCCCCCCGCAUGCAACGACCCCAGGAGCAGCUGGUGAAGACUGCCUCGAAGACAGUGACGUUGAGAUAUACCUGAACCAGGUAACUGCCCUUCACCGCCUGGCAUUCGCGGAGCUCCUGUUGGCCCAGCAGCUCGUCCCGGCCGAUCGGGUCACACGAACCUUUGAGCUGAUCCUGCGUGACCCCAUGGACCAGUUGGUGGCUGAGGGAGAGAGCUUGGCAGGUCAAGCCCGCAGGAGUGUUGGCAGAGGCGACCACCAAGCUGUGCUGUCGGUCUUGGCAAUGCUGCGGCACGUUACGAGCAUGCAACCUGAGUAUGACCGGCUCCUCACCAACUGCCAGACGUCUAUUCGCUCCAAGUUUGCUGCCAUUAUCAGCAUGCUCCAGGAGACGUGUGUCAGGGCUCUGGAAGGCUUUGUGGAGAGCGUCAAGAGCGAUGGGGAACGUGCCCUGCCCAAAGAUGGAACAGUUCAUGAGGUCACAAGCAAUGCGCUCAUCUUCACAGAGCAGCUCCUGGAAUAUGCAUUAACCUUGUCCCCAAUGCUGCAGCGAGAUCAAAGCCUCAGUGCCGCUCUUGCAAACCUGCCCAGGGGCUUGGACCAGAAUCUGCUGGCGAAGGCACUGCUUGGGGCUUAUAUCAAGCGCGUUCUUGUGAAUUUAGGUCUCGCUCUCGUCAGCCGGAGCGAGUCCUACAGCGACACAACCCUGCGCUCCAUCUUCCGCCUCAACAACUACCACUACAUUCUCAAGACGUUGCAGAACUCCGAGCUGUUGAACCUUGUUGCAUUGGUUGAACCCCAGUGCGAUAAGAUGUACAAUGACCAGAUCAUGGAGCAGAAGAAGUUAUACUCGCAAAGUUGGAGUAAAGUACUACACUACCUGAAUCACGAGGAUGUCCCCAUAUCAGUAAUACAAGCUGGGAAGCUGCGAGACAAAGACCGACAGCUUAUCAAAGACAAGUUUUCAGGUUUCAACAAGGAGAUGGAGGAGAUGUGCCGAGUACAGCGUAGUUACUCCAUCCCGGACCGAGAACUGUGUGUCAGCCUCAAGAGAGAUAACAUGGAAUACAUUCUGCCAAAGUACCAGGUCUUCUACGACAAGUAUGUCAACGUAGCCUUUACCAAGAAUACAGAGAAAUAUGUUAAGUACAGCCCAGCAGACGUGUCCACCAUGAUUGACAAAUUCUUUGACGUGGCUGCGUAAAAGAGGUCUUGCCAGCGUGAUCUUCCCAACCAUAUUUUCUUCUGGAAAGGAGGAUGAAAGUGCUGCAUUCUGUGAUAAUGUUAUAAAAUCUUCAAGGUCUAUUUCCUUACAGGCAGUGUUUUAGGGUAAUAUCAGGGUCCUUUUAUAAUAUCAAUUUUAUUUAUUUAUUUUUUAUGUUUGUAUUUAUUUAAUUUUCUGUCUUGUACUAAUAUUGGGUGCCCCACAAAAAUAAGCAGUGCAGGAUACCAAGCUAAUUUAUUGGAAUGACUAUGUUUCUCUCUUUAAGUAAACUGACGUGGUUUAUUUUAUAUAUUAAAAUAUACCAUACUGUCAUCGGACUGAUAUCAAAUGAACAUUUUACAUUCAGAAGGUCCUUUGUGUUAUAUAAGACCAUCAUUCAUAUAUAAAAUGUUCUUAUAAUGGCUUCAGAUAAUAGAGAUUUGAAGAUACAUUUUCUUACAUAGCUUGAUGGAGAAACCAGUGAAUAGGUUCUGAGAGAUUGAUAUUUAUUACUAAUGAUGUUUAUUUGACAUUUCUAGAUUUUCUGUACCUGAAAGGCCAUAGUAUACUGUUAGGCUGCAUUCUCACUAAAGCUGGGAGCAUGUUGGCUAGUGUGUAUCCUCUUUCAGUAAUUUAAAGUGUUAUCAAAAAGUAAAUAUUCGAUGAAGCUUAAAGUCAAGUAAGAGAAGGAUUAACUUUAAACCUUUGCUGGCCAGUGUUCACUCACUACCAGUGUGGAUGCAUCCAUGAAUGCAGUUACAAAACUUUCAUGCUUCACCCCACUUACAUCCAGAGUACAGCUUUAAUCCUUUGUGUGUGGGACAUUGACUGUCCACUGUUAAUUUUGUUUCACACGGAUGGUUUGACAAGUGCUCAGCUGCCAAAGAGUCAGUUAGUGAGCUCUACAUGGUCUCACUCUAUCUCCCCAUUCCUUAAAUUUUCAGGAUUUGUUUUUCCAGUGUUAUUAAAAUUAAUACUGCUAUUAUCAUUGACUUAAUGAAGAUUAUAAAUGUUUUUAAAAGAAUAUUAGCAAUGAGAAAUAAAAAUUAACAUUUCCAAAAAUCAAGGGAAAGGGUAAAUGGGUGAGAUACGUUGGCCUAGUAAUUGACUCUUUGUUGACUGAAUACUUGUGGAGUCAUCUAUGUGUAGAACAAUCAGUUAACUAAAAUCACGUUGGCUUUGGCUUGUAUGACAUUCCAUGCCAGCACCAAGGGUUAGGCAUAUGAUUACUCAGUCUCACCUAGUUUGAAAGAAUUUAAUAUAACUGAAUAAAAAAUAUGUGAGGUUAUCUAAGUAUAAUUUUCCGUAAAUCCAGCUGUAUAACAUUCAGAGUAGGAAGCAGUCUGCACAAUAUAGCUAUUGAACAACAAAUAUUAUAGAGAGGCCACAAGGUGCAUUAGGAAGAAUUUAGCUUCAUUUCCCAGAAGGCAGAACUUAAAUGUAAAUGACUUUAUUAACUUCCCAACUCAAUCUGUCAAUCAUCUUCAGUUGUAGCAAUAGAAAGAAUGCAUUUAUGUAAAGGAAAUGUAAUUGGAAGCUUAAAGAUAAAUCCCUUCUUUGUUUUUCCUUUUGCAAUGUAUGUUUAAAACUAUCCUCAUUUCUUUGUAUGAUAUGGUUCAUGAUUUUAGUUAAAGUAUAUAAAGUGCUGUCUCGCCAUGGAUUUUUAGAUGACCACAUUAUUAUACCAACAUCAUAUAUAUAUAUAUAGAUAUAUAUAUAUAUAUAUAUAUAUAUAUAUAUAUAUAUAUAUAUAUAUAUAUAUAUAUAUAUAUAUAUAUAUAUAUAUAUAUAUAUAUAUAAUAUAUACCUUUUUUUUUAUAAUAGUUCCAUAUUUGUUUUUGCAACCAUGUAUAUUUUUAUAUUUAUCUUGUUUCUUGAAGGAUCUCAGAAAAUUCUGAAGAGUCAUAUACCAUGAUCAAACUUUGACAUUUGCUUUGAUCCUGUAAUGUAUAGUAUAGAUAGAUAUAAGAAUUCAAAAGAAAGUGAUGUACAGAAUAGAGAUAGAUAGAUAGAUCUAUAUAUAUACAUAUAUAAAUUGCAUAAUUUGCCUUUCUGCCUCUUUAUAGCAUUUAUUUGUCAAAUAAAAUUGUGGUACUGUGCAA